ACACCGGUUUAGGGAGAGUAGAGAGAAAAACCGUGUCGGAAAAUAAAGCAUUUUCUGUGUGAUCAAAUAAAGCCAAAUUAACGUUUUUUCGUCAGUUGACCAUCUCUGAUUUUAAAGGGGCGCUACCAACCAGUUGCGCAUAUUUUGAUGGGCGAAGAAAAGUCAAAGACGCACAAAUCAACACUUGCACGCACGUCGCACAACAGUGAAUGAGAAGUCCACAGGUGGUGAAUGAGCCAUGUCGACGCUGCUGGAACUGAAGAGCAGUGUGCUGAGGCAGGUGCAGAGAAGCCAGUCACUGAGGUCCAGGAGGGAACCUCCCCCACCCACUGCCACCGGUAACACCGCUGAUGCCAUCCCCCCGUACCACACACGUGUCUCUGAAAGGACCAUCCUUGGAGUUGCCAAGGGGAAUGGCGAGUUCUUUGAGCGAAUGAACAAAAUCAUCCAGAAGCAAGACAGUCUGUUAGCUGCCACUCAAGUUGAGGAGGAAAAUAUCGCAGGUCCACCACCCACUGAGUGCACAGACAAGGCUUUCAUUCCAGAGAAAGCCACCAGAAAUGAGAUGGAUUUAUUGUACGAGGAAGCAGUCUACACGGUGGUCAAUCGGGUUGGCGUGCCAUCCCCUGAGUAUGUGUCCUGCGAGGGGGACUUGUUCAACUACCUACAGAAGACAUUUGACAUGGGUCAGGAGGAACAUGACAUCAUUCUGCAGAGAGUGAAGGAGUCCAAGAGAGCAAGCUUCUCUCUAAGGGUCUCUGUUAUGAAAGGCAAGAAUCUCAUGGCAAAAGAUGCCAAUGGUUACAGUGACCCAUACUGCAUGUUGGGAAUUCUCUUGGGACAAGGCUCCCGAGACACAGAGGAGAGGAAAGAAAGAAAGUUCAGCUUCCGUAAGAGAAAGGAAAAGUUAGAGAAGCGUUCCAGCGUCCGGGAAGUUCUGGCUGCAAGGGACAUCCAGGUGACCGAGGUCAAAACUGAGACUCUCAAUCCUGUGUGGAACGAACACUUUGUUUUUGACAUUGAUGAUGUCCAGAAUGACCUUCUGCAUCUGGACAUAUGGGAUCAUGAUGACGAUGUCUCUGUGGCCGAGGCUUGCCGAAAGCUGAAUGAGAUCAGUGGCCUCCGAGGAAUGGGCAGGUACUUCAAGCAAAUUGCCAAAUCGGUGCGGGCCAAUGGGUCAGCAGCUUCAGGAAGUGAAGAGAACGCAGACGAUUUUCUUGGAUGCCUGAACAUUCCGUUAAGUGAGAUCCCAGUGGUUGGCUAUGAUAAAUGGUUCAAGCUGGAGCCCCGCUCCAGUGCUUCCAGAGUGCAGGGGGAGUGUCACCUGAUCCUCAAGCUUUUCACCACACAGCGGGACACCACUUUGACUAAAAUGGUCUCAAAUGUGGUCAUCCAUCAGAAGAUGUUAAGUCAGAUUUUGGAGUAUGAGCACAGACACAUUCAGAAAGAGCCCUAUAACUGGAAUGGACAAGUGUCUCCGGCAGCGUGGACUGUUCUUUCCCAUCAUGCUGUACAGGCUGACCUAUCACCUUUGCAGCAGGCAAUCAUUCGCUGGCACUGCUACAGCAGUCACCAUCGAGCCCAGCGGCUGUGCUACUCGCUGCUGCUCAGACUGCUACGUGCCGUGGGGACCGAGUGGGAGACCGGUGGUGGCCGAAAUGAGCUGGAGAGUGUCUUGGCCAAGAGCUUUAAGCUCUACUGUGACUUCUGCCUGUCUCUCAUGAAAGGCAUGAGGCAGGUGUUCCCUUGUACCAACCCUGCAGCCAUCACACGAUGUGAGCUGAUGCUGAGGACGAUUGGACAGAUACAGUCAAUGCAAGUAUUUAAGGAUGUUUGUCCUAAUCGCAAAGAGCUUCACCUUGAAAUUGCAACUGUUAUAAAGAAAGGCACAGUUGAGUGGUAUGAGGGCACAAUUUCUCACUUUAAACCAGAUGAAGGGACUCUGGAAGAACAGCUGGAGAGGCUUGUUCUGGUGGUGGAUGCAGUGUGUGUAGAUGUGCAGAGAGGACUGAAUGUCUACAACAAGCUGUUUCACAGCUCAGUGAAGGUGGACUUCUUCAGUAUCUCCUAUCGGCAGCUAGAGAAGCUGGUGGCCGAUGACGUGAAUGUUGCCAUGGAGCGGGUUUGCGGGACUCUAGAGCAGGAGAGCUCUCGGCUCUCCCAGACCAUGGGGGAGACCCUGUUCGAGCUCUUCAUGUCUCUGAAGACCCUCAAACGCUUCAGGGAGUUCCUGCCUCUCAAGGAUACUAAGAUGUUGGCGCUGACUGGAUUUCACAACUGGUUCAAAACCUCCAUCCAUAAAUGGCUCCAGAUCGUUCAUGAGAAAUCAGUGGAAAGAAUCUGCAAGGCAGUGGAAAUGGACCAGUUGGAGCCAGUCCACAAGCAGGCAAAACACAGCUCCUCAGCAGUGGACCUCAGCACAUGCUUCAGCCAGGUGCGAGAGUUCUGGAUGCAGCUGUCAUGGCCUGACUCAGCAGGCGCGUUCAUCUUCAUCACUCGUCUGACGGAUAACUUCUGCAGCGAGGCUGUGUCCUACUCUGAGCUCCUGAAACGUAAGGUUGAGAGGAGCCAGCUGGGUGGAGACCACCGGAGCUUCACUGUGCAGCUGUGUGUGGCGCUGAACGAUGCCGAGCACGUGCGCUUGUACCUGGCUGGCCUGCCUCGGGAGCUGGGCUGGCAGAGCGUGGAGCAGGCCAUGGAGGAGUCGUGUGGAGCCGAGGGCAAGGAGCAGGUGAACAAGGCCCUGAAUGGUCAGCUCUACAACGCCGACCUGGACCUUCAGAGGGAGGUCAAGCGCCUCAUCACGCACCUCACUGAUAAGAUGCUUCCUGAGCUCCGGAGAUGCAUUCAGCACAUCGGCCUCUCUCCAGACACAAUAAACAACGACGAUGCAGUGUCUCCGCUGAUGAAAUACCUAGAAACCACCUUGGUCAUUCUCAGUGAGUCACUGGUGAAGGAGAACUUGUCAAGGGUUCUGCAGAGUCUCUGGGAACUGCUACUCAGAAUGAUUCUGGACUCUGUGGCAGAAAACAGAGGUGUCCAAGUGGAGUUCUACACACGUUUCCAGUACACCAUAGAGAAACUGGUGCGGUUCUUCCAUGCUAAUGGUGAAGGGCUGCUCCUGGAGGAUCUGAAGAGUGGAGACUACAAGGUCCUGGAAGAGGAGCUGAGACUGAACAAGUGCUCCUCCUUCGAGCUGAUCGAGCAGUACUUCCUAGAGAAGAUCUCCCAGCAGAGAAUUCUGAAGCACAGUCGCUUUGGCCGUAUUAGUGUGAAAUGUUACUACGAUGCCCCCGAGCAGAGACUCACUGUGGAGAUACUGCACGCUGCUGACCUAAUUGCCUUGGAUGCAAAUGGGCUGAGCGACCCCUUUGUCAUAAUAGAGCUCUGCCCUCACCACCUCUUCCCUAACUCCAGAAGCCAGCGCACUCAAGUAAAGCUGAAGACCCUACACCCGGUUUUUGAUGAGGUCUUCUACUUUCACGUCAGCCCUGAGCAGUACAGACACAGGUGCGCAUGCCUUACCUUCACCGUGAUGGAUUAUGAUUGGCUGUCCACCAAUGAUUUUGCUGGGGAGGCGGUGUCUCCCUUGAGUGACUUCUGCUGGCCAGGCAGACCCAAUGCUACCCCUGCCGGGAAGAACCUACAGCCGUUCAUCCUGCACCUGUCCCGCCAGAAACCCAGCGAGAAGCCAAUCAUGCGGAUGCUGGAGGCGAGAACAGGAGACAGGGAGGCUCAGGAGUUUGUGCGGAGACUGAAGGAGAUUGAGAAGUCGAUGGAGGAAGAGUGAUUUCUUGCCAGUGGUACAUAUUAUUCCCAACUAUGUGCUUUUCUACCUGUUCUAUGUUUGCUAUUUAAAAUGAAACUCUUUUAAAUGUGCAUUUUUAAUUGUUGUCUAGAAAAAAGAAGACUGUUGUUUAAAGAUCAGUAUUUUGUCACUGUUCAGCACUUAUUGUGCUGUGGUUUAAUGUUUUUUGACUCACAGGAAUUGUGAAAAUUAAAUAACUUUAACAAUAGUAUAUUUUGAAAUAUGUUUAGUUGGCUCUAUGUCGUUAGAUUUAAAAAUGUUAUCUGAAGCAUGAUUUCCUGUGACUUGAAAUCUAAGACAUGUUUAAUGUGAGGAUGAGACCAGGUACGUUUUCUUUCUGCAAAAUGCAAACGCUUGAAAAGCACUCUAAAAAGCCAAAUUUCACAAAGUUUAUCUACAGCUGUAUUAUCAUUGUAGCAAAGAUAAACUUGUAAGAUGUAACUUGUAAGAUGACAGCUUCUUAAAUCAAAAAAAACAAUCAUAUUCACCUUUGUUAUGAUAUUGGAUAAACUGCUCUUCAUGCGCAAAUUACUGUCCAAAACUGUGAAUGUUAGCUAAGCAUUUGUUCUUGAAUAACACUAUGCUGUGUUAAGAAUUUUACUGUAGCAUUUUGGUGAGAUUUUGUCUUUUGUAAAGAUUGUUUGUUCAUGCUAAGUGGUGAUUUAAUUGAUUGGGUUUUAUGUUUAGACAUCUCUCCAUUUCUAUAUUCUACCAGUUUUAUGAUUGGCAAUCCAACCCUUGCAGAAAGCAUGGAGAAGGCCGUUGGCCAAGGUUUUAAAAAUUACUCUACAGAUUUUUAAAGUGCAAAGUUGUUUUUUUUUUCUUUCUGAAAUGCAGCCACUGAUUUUCAAUACUUUUAUGAAGAGAGCAUCAAGAGCUGGGUGAACUAAGGUCCUUUCUGAUUAAUUCCUUGCUCUAAAAGUUGUUUUACCUUCAGAAGUCUCAUUUGUUUCUGAAUUAUUUCCCAACACUUGGUCUUUACAACACUACCUCUUCAGUAAUCUUAUUUCUCUCAUAUUUCUAUUUGUUCUUUUAUUUAUGAGGGAUUAAUCAAGGUACAAUACCUUCUUUUGUCAUACUAGUUUUUUGUCACUAUUUGUUAAGUUUUGUGCUGUUGUAAUGUACAUUAAAACUAUGCUUGACAUUAAAACAGUACAAAACUGACCCCCAAUCCCAAACUCGGGCCUGAUUUCCAGCAGACCCUUCCUUCUCUGCUUUAUUCUUCAACACCUCUUUUCUUUUGACACACACUUAGACACACAUACUCUUGAGGCAAAAACACCCUUGCUGUCAUCCAAGAGUACACCCAGCCCCCAUUAAACCACACAUACCAGCGAUACUGUUGAAAACUUUUAACGCUGUGUGAAACUAUUGGCACCUCUCCAUAUCCCAUGCGACUAAUGGUGUAUUGUAUGUGGGCAUGUGCGUGUGUGUGCGUGUGCAGUGAACUCAAUAAAG